AUGGCAGCAGCAAAAAGGGUAUUGACAGUGGCUUGCACGGAAAGAGAUUCAGCCGAGAAGAAGAAGAAAGUUGAACGGCUGACCAUCUCGUUUGGAGAAGACGAUUUGGAAGGGACGGUCCAACCUCAUGACGAUGCAUUGGUGGUGACGGCUCAGAUAAGUGGGUUCCUGGUGAAGAGGGUGAUGAUCGACCAAGGAAGCGGGGCUGACGUCAUGUACCCGGACCUGUUCGAAGGGCUCGGAUUGAAGACCCAGGAUUUCACGAAAUAUGACACGCCGCUGGUCUUAUUUGACGGGAGAGUCAUAAUUCCCGAGGGACAAAUCUCUCUCCCGGUGGACAUGGAAGGCAAAGGAGUUAUAGUGACCUUCAUAGAAGUCCGAUCAUUCUCACCGUAUACCGCAAUCCUGGGGAGGCUGUGGAUUCACACAAUGAAGGCUGUUCCGUCCACCCUCCACGUGAAAGUAAAAUUUCCCACUGAAUAUGGAGUCACCGAGGUGAGAGGGAACCAAAAAGUGGCGAGGCAGUGUCUUGUCGUUGCGGUCAGGUGGAAAAGUGAACAGUUCGGACAAGCGGAAUAG